CCAUUCUAAAAAAUUGAAGAACAUUUUACAUUCUGUUGGAGGUUUCCCAAGAUUUGAUGAACGUAAUAACUUUACGUAACCAAACCAUCUCCUUCAAUGAUAACAUUUUUGUGCUUAGUAGAAUCAGAGAAAAAAUUUUCCUCCACUCCUGUAAUCAGUAUUCUAUCACCACAUUUUACACACUUAUACCUACUUUCUCAGCUUAUAUCUCCAUGAUACAUCUCUAUCUGCUCAUACAAACUUGACAAACUACUUAAAAUGUGUUUCAUAUAAACUUUGAAAUUUUUUUAAUCUCGAACUCAAACAUAAGUCAGCAUCAUAAUGGUUAUAUAUGAAAACCACUACUUCCUCCUCUCCAACAUUCUUCUCAAAAAUAAAGAGGCCUUGUAGGAAAAAUUUUGGUGACAGUCUUAGAGGAGUCUGAAAACACCUUCUCCGUUGAACAUACGCCAAGAUUGCUGCUGUUCUUGAAUAUCUUGAAACUUCCGUUGAGGGUACAGGCAUGGUAGUUGAGAGCUGAAGGAGACAAUGUUGGUGGUGAUAGAGCAGCGUGAUACUCUAGAUCGAAAUGCGAAUCCAUUCAACACUGCCGCUUUUGAUGGUUUUGAAACUGCGAGUGACACGGACCUUGGCAGCGAUGCUGAAGGCGAGCAUGGCAGAGCUAGCUGCUGUCAAGAACGAUCAACCGCUGCCGAAGUUGCAACACCAGCAUGCGGAGCUGGAGCAUGGAGCAUGGAGCAUGGAGCAUGGUGUUCUCCGAGUAAUGAUCUCUCCAUCGAUGAGGAAUUGAAUCUGAAUAAAGUUUUAUCUCAACAAUUAAAUGCAAUUACUCAAUACAUAAGAGGAAUGCAAGAAAAUUCCUAUGCUGUGAGUAAUGGACUAUCUCAAAGUGAAGGAAUGGAUUAUGGAUACUCCUCCAUAGAGCAAGUAAAUUACAUUGAUAAGCAUCACAAUGACCCCUUUUCCAAGACCUAUAAUUCUGAAUAGAGAAAUCAUCCAAAUUUUGGGUGAGAAAAUCAUAAUCAAAAACCCAAUAAUUUCAACAAUAACCAUCAACAGAACCAGUUCCAACCUCAACAUAAUACCUUCAACCCCCAUCAACAAAACAACCACCCUCAGAACAAUUCUCACCAACAACAAUCACCAUCCUUCACUCAACCAUCUCAAGACUCCCAAAGGCUUACCAACCUUGAACUUGCACUAGAAAAACUCUCCCAAAGCACACACACAACCCAACAAGACUCACAGAGGCUUUUUAACCUUGAAUUAGCCUUGGAAAAACUUUCACAAAACACCACCUCUUUCACCAGGAGUCAAGAAGCUUCAAUGAGAAAUUUAGAGAUACAAAUGGGCCAACUUGCUCAAAGAAUGGAAAAAUCCACAAAUUUUUUUUCCAGUGAUACAAUCCCAAACCCAAAGGAAGAAUGCAAGGCUAUUUAUUUGAGAAAUGGAAAGGUAGUAAGAGAAGAGAAGGAAGAAACCAAGGAGUCCAGUGACAAACAAGGGAAAGAAGCAACAGAGGACAUCAUUCAGCAAGAGGAGCAUGUGACUCCCACCAUACUUUUUGUAGAUAGAAAGUAUGAGGAGGCAUUAUCCCAGUAUGAACUUGCCCUACAAGUUGCACUUAACAUGUCUUCAUCGGUGGAAGUACGUUUGAUCUGCCAUGCAAAUCGUGCUGCAUGCUAUCAGAAACUGGGAAAAUAUGACAGCACAGUUAAAGAAUGCACACAAGCAUUAGAACUGAACCCUGCAUACAUUAUUAAAGCAUUGGCAAGAAGAGGAGAAGCCCAUGACAAGCUUGAGCAUUUUGAAGAGGCCAUUGCUGAUAUGAAAAGGAUCUUAGAAAUUGAUCCGUCAAAUGAUCAAGCCAGGAAGGGUAUUUGCCGACUUGAGCCGCUUGCUGCAGAAAAGCGGGAAAAGAUGAAGGAAGAAAUGAUGGACAAGUUUUUUGUUGUCUUUAUCUUUGUUUUCUAAUUAUAUUUGUGCAGAAUAGUUCACGGGCAUGCUUUCCGUAAAUUACCUGUUAUUUGUUGUCCAAUAUGAUGCCCUUUUCUCUUCUCUUUCUGCUAGAAAACUAACAUGCAAAUUCGCCUUGUCUAAAGGAGAAAGAGGGAGAGGAGGAG